GAGCAGCACUUAGGGCAGCAGCUCGGCAGCAAAGGGGCGGCUCUGAGCCCCCCCCCCCUCCGGGGCUGCCCUGCCUGCCGCGGGGCCCGGCGCCCCGGGGGCCGCUGGCGGCGGGGGCGGGCGGGGCAGGGCCGGGCCGCCGGCACGGCGGGGCCUCUCCCAGCGUCUUCGGUUUCUUUUCGCACCGACUCGGGACUUUUUUUUUGUGUUUGUUUUUACCCCCGGAGGCGGAGCCGGAGGUUUCCCCGUACCUGCCCCGGUGCCGGGCGGGGCCCGGAGCCGCCGCCGAGCAGCGCUGCUGAGGGCCGGCCGGCCCCUGCCCUCCCCUCCGCUCCCGCCUCAGGAACAGCUGUCCUCCCCUUCCCUGGAGGGCCGGGGCGCAGCUUUCCGGUCUCCGCGUGUGGGGGUUGAUGUGCGAAUCAAAGCAGAAUGGAUCGCUAUCGGUACUUCAUCUUUAACCAGAGGAACAUGGUCGUGCUGGGUCUGUUCCAGAUAGCCUUCAGCACGGUGUGCGUCGUCAGCGGGUUCAUAGACAGCAUUUUCAGAACAGAGUCUCAGCUGAGCAAAACCAGAGCUCCAGUUUGGGCUGGGAUGGUGAUGGGAGUCCCAGGCGUCCUGGCUUUGUUUUCCUCUCAGAGGAAGAACCCAGUUCUUGUGAAUGUGCUGAUAGUUGCUUCCAUAAUUUCUUGUGUUGCCAUUCUCAUUGUAAUAGUUUAUAGCUCACUCACACUCAACUAUGGUGAAGAGGAGGAGCUGAGUUCUGCCCCAGUCCAUGUUAUCCAUACCAAGUUCAUACUUAAUAAAGUAGUCAAGGGUGCUAACAUAGCCAUGCUAGCGGCAUCUAUCUGCAGUGCUGCUAUUGUGCUGGUGAUGGCUUACUUGGGAUGCCGGAGUCUUCCGUGCUGCUCGUGCUACGAUAGUGUAACUGGGAUGGAAUGGUUGCAACCUAGUGAGGACCAAAAUCAGGCUGUGGAAAUGGUUUGCGCUGUACAAAGCCCUCAGGACAGAAUUUGUAACUUCCCAGAUCGGUUUUCAGCCCAGGACUUAGAUGCAGAGGAAGACACAUCCAAACCUCCACCAUAUAUCAGAAUGGCUUGAAAAAGUGGUCGAAUGUUUUAAAGCUACUAGUCUAAAAAUAUGGCAAGGCAGAUGUAAGAAGUCCUUCAUCUUUAAAGAUGGUUAUGCACUUUUCCUUGGCCUUUUGAAAAACCCACACAGAAAGAGAGAACUACUGAAUGCCCAAUGUUCAACAAAGAUCACCGUGCAAAGGGGAAGAUCUGCAGAUGUUUCUGGACUUUCAGACUUUGUAUAGUUAAAAUACCUCAUUGCCUCUGGAAAGCGUGAGCAUUUUUUCCUCCAGCUUUUGUACUUAAAUCAUGUUUUAUUCCACUAGAAUUCAUAAUGCAAUUUGUCUAGCAGUGCUAGCCUUAGGCGUUCAAAUAUUAAAUACAACUCAUUUUUAAAAGAAA